AUGAGGUUUUGUCACUGGUGGGUGCUUCUCCAGGGAACACUUAUAGCUGCCUCAGGGGUAUCGGUGCAUCUCUUGUUGAUGUCGAGAAUCCACUCGCAGCUUCCCGAAGAUGUCAAGCCGUUCUACAGUUACUUGCAAGCCGGGGCAUUCUUUCCUGAUAGUUACUACAAUUGUUUUGGAGAUAAGCUCGACGAGGCAGCAGAAGAUGCCCAUUGGCCUCCUUUCUUGUUGAGUGCUGCAAAAUAUCACCACCACCAGCAAGGUAAACCCAAAGUUGACUGGAAAGCUGCCAAAAUGGUGCACUUGUCCAUGGCCAAUUCCCACCACGACGACGACGACAACCGCAAAAAAUUCAGAGCAUUUCUUUAUGGGAUAUUCAGCCACCAGAUUGCCGAUGCCACCUGGCACUCAAUCAGAAUGAAUCAUGGGCUACUACUGCAUUUGGCGGCGUUGGAAUUCGAUGGCGAUGUCGAAGCGGCCCAUAGUUUUUUAGACACUGGGGGAGACCUACUAGUACUAAGGAAACUUUCAGCCAACACUGAUAUAUUUUCCAAAGAGCAAUCGAUUCAAGAUUAUUUCAUGGUACCUUGGAAAGCCCCGAUUAAAGAAAUGGUGGAGAUUUACCAUCGGUUGGGUCAUUACGAUGUCUCAGACUACAACAUGAAGUUCUGUCUCAAUAGGGGCUUUACCGGACUCUCGCUAGAGAUGAAGGGCUAUAAACUUAGCUCGCACGCUUAUAUUGAGCAAUCUCCGCAUUUAUACGAUAUUCUCGAUGACUAUUAUCUUGGAGGUUUAGAGGAGAUAGAGACAUCUAUUCUUCGAUGCAUGCCCAAUCUCGAUGAAUGGCUAGACGAUGCGAACUCCGAAUUGAAUAAUAUGGAUCCUUGGGAAUUGUGUAGGGCAAAAUUGGUGGAACCGCGAACUGCGGCAACAUUACAGGAUAAUCACCAAGUAAUUCAGAAGUCGUUGAACGAUGAUGGGUAUUUUGUAUCGCCAAUGGUCCCGAAUGGCAGGUUUGGAAAAGACAUUGAGUUGGGGAACUUUCUAGGGGAACAGGUAGGGUUAUGUGCUGCAGUGGGGUCGAUAUACGAAGAUCUCGAUGGAACAAUCUACAUUAUUCCAUUAAUGGGAUUGCGCGCAUUAGAAAAUGUCAAAAUGACAAAAGUCAACCAAUCCAUUAAAAAGGUAUCCGGCAGUCCAGAAAAAUAUGGGUAUAAAAUCAAGAAUUUUGUUGUUGAGACGGUUACUGGCGAUAAUAUUGUGAUCAGGCAUGAGUUGUUAGUAGUGGUUUCUCCUGGUUCAGGAACCGUUGAUAUUAUCAAAGGUUCCAAUACUCUCCUUAGAUUUAACUUUGGUGGGGAAUUUGAACAAAUGGGCACGGAUUUCGAACUUGCUGAUAUGAAUGGUGAUGGGAUUGAAGAUUUUGUGUUCAGUUCGCCCUUUUCCGGGAAGAAUCAAAGAGGAUCGGUGGUGGUUUUGGAUGGUAAGAAAAUUCUUAUCAAAGUAUUGACAGAAAGCCCUCAAUAUUUCCAACAAGACUUUGUGAACGUAUUUGUGUCGCAAGAUUAUCCAACUAACAGAAUAAACGCUGAGAUUGUGGAUGUCAGUUACAAGGAGUUCGAUCCGAUAAUCCUCACCAUCCCUGACGCUUUAAGAUUACUGACCGGGUAUGAAAAUUUUGGCUCAACGAUUUCAGUCAGUGGGGAAUACCUUUAUGUUGGAGUUACCAGUAUCAGCAGAGUACUAGUUUACGAUAAGUUAGCGAUCACCACAUCAUCUUCCAAAUCGCUACCCAAAUUUAUUAUCCCACAUUAUGGAGGAGCUCCGUAUGAAUUUGAUGGUAAAGCGAUUCCCCGAAUCACCUCGCGGUUUUCCGGUCAGUUUGGCUCGAAAUUCAUGGCGUCUGGAACCUAUGAUGGAGUAGAAUGGAUUCUCAUUGGUGCCCAUAGUGAAUCUUACUCUAAUUGCAAGAGAUGCGGCGGCUUGUAUUUGUACACCAUUGUUGGAAAUCAUUGCAAACUUGUCACAAAGGUGAUUAUGAAGGUUGAUAGUUUCCCAGAAUACGAUUUAAGUUUUUCAAAGUUUGGGAUCUCGGGACACCUUGAUGCAAACGGUACCACGGUGUACAUAUCUAGUCCAUAUUUGAACAACACUGGUGCGAUUUGGAAGUUCGAUGUUUCCACAUUAUUGGAAAUUUCUACUGCUACUGCUACAGCCACGCCGGACGUGGUGGAAUUGGAAGAUAUUGUGGCCAUUGGGGUUUCCGGGAAUGGGUAUACUGGUUUUGGUAAUGCCUUAAAAACUUACUGUGAUGUUUAUGGCGAGACCCGGUUGAUUGUAGGGCUUCCAGAUUAUGGAUAUCGAGAGUUGGCCAAUGAUGCGUGGAAGUUGGUUGGAAGAGUUGGGAUUUACACGUUGUAG